CUGGGAUCUCUCAAUCUUCAGCAUUUACCAGAUAACCACAGAGGCAGUUUGUGUCCCUAGAUGGAUUCUGUCUGUGAUCUGAAGGUGACCUAAAGAAUCACUAUUGAGCACUGUAGCAUAAGACAGUCUGAACCUUCACUGAUCAUCAAACCAAAAGAUGAAGAACGAAAUUGCUGCCGUGGUGCUUUUUCUCUCAAGCCUAAUAAAAAAGAAUGGCAAGUUAAAAAAGGAAGAGAUUGAAAGGUUUUUUAAUGCCUUAACCAAAUUUCUACAUGAUAAAUACGCUGGUCACUGGUAUCCUGGAACACCAACAAAAGAACAAGCGUACAGGUGUAUUAGAAUAAACAAGUUUCAAGGUGCCGACCCUGAACUAGUAAAAGCGUGCAUUCUCUGUGGUUUAGCGUACGGCGACCUCGGUUUACCAAAGGAAAUCACGCUAUGGGUGGAUCCAUGGGAAGUGUGUUGCAGAUAUGGUGAAAAAAACCACGCCUUUAUUGUGUCCAGCUUUGAAAGUGAGGAUGAAGAUAAGGCUGAAAUCUCACAGAAAGUUAGUUUUGUUGCUGGUAAUAUUACCUCAGAUUAUCACUCCGGCUCCUCCUCAGAUGAAGAAGUUUACGUAAACAGUAAAAAAGGAGCUUCGGUGAUGCCAAACACAAAUGGCAGUUGUCAGAUACCAGAAUUUCUGUUUCAGUCUCUACCUGCAUAGAACAAGAUUCCAAAGAAAAAGCAUAGUUCUCAGUACAACUUUCAUCCACGUUUUGCUUCUACUUAUCAACACCCUCAAGGCAACAAGGUGUAUGGGCAUAUGCCGUGGCUGCCUACAAUCGUUCAUAAUGA